AUGGAGUCGAGGGCAGCAGGAGACGACAACGGUGAGGCCCAGCGAGCUGCAAUCGAAMGCGAACUGGCCGACAAGCUACGAAACCAUAACGACUAUCUCAAGAGCUUCGACGAGCCGCAAGCCAACCACAUUUCAUCUUCCGAAACCGCCACUGAUGUACAUACACCCAGCAAUGGCGUCGUUGCUCAGCCGUCUCAAACUUCGCUCCAACCGCCAGAACCAGCAUUGCAAUCGGUUACAAACCACGCCGAUCCACAGAAUUCGACGAGCGCGGCAGGGCCAGCGGUAGCGACAGCGCAGGCAGUGGCGCUCGAUGGGCAGAUGGCUGAGGAGCAGCAGCUCGAACCAGAUGAAAUUGAUAGUGACUCUGCUCUGGGUAGCGAUGCAGCAAGCAUUACCACCAGCCUGAGCGAGUCCAUAUACAAUUAUCGCAGGGAACACGGCAGGACUUAUCAUGCGUACAAAGACGGCAAAUACAUCUUUCCCAAUGAUGAACGAGAAGCCGAUCGUCUUGACCUGCAGCACCAUCUUCUGCGCAUAACGUAUGCGAACAAGCUGUUCUUUGCGCCCAUUGAGAAUCCCAGGAGAUGUCUAGACGUUGGRACGGGCACAGGCAUAUGGGCGGUGGAUUUCGCGGAUGACUUUCCAGACUGCCAGGUGACUGGUAUCGAUCUGAGUCCCGGCCAACCCACACUUGUUCCGCCAAAUCUGAAGUUCGUGAUUGACGAUGCCGAAGACAUGUGGCUUUAUCAGGAGAAAUUCGACCUCAUCCACGCACGAUUAAUGUCGGGAUGUUUCUCGGACUGGCCAAACUUUCUACGACAAGCUUACGACAAUCUUGAGCCAGGCGGAUGGCUUGAGCUCCAGGACUACGGGCUUCCCGUUCGGUCAGCAGAUGGGACGCAUCUCGGCACUAGCCUCUUUCUAUGGGGCCAACUCCUUUGCGAAGCUGCGGCGAAGAUAGGACGACCCCUCGGCUCCGACGCAUCUGAGCAUUUUGAAGAGUGGAUGAAAGAAGUCGGGUUUGUCGAUAUCCAGCAGAAGAUGUUCAUGUGGCCCACAAACAGUUGGCCCAAAGAUGCAUUCAUGAAGGAGCUCGGACGCUGGAAUCAGGUCAACAUCAUUGACGGACUCGAAGCAUUUUGUUUGGCGUUGUUGACGAGAGGUCUGGGAUGGAAGAAGGAGGAGGUGGACGUUCUGGUGGCCAAGACGACGUCUGAUUUGCGCAACAGGCGAAUCCACGCUUACUUCCCGAUGCCGGUCAUUUAUGGGCGAAAGCCCUUUCCAGGCGAGACUUCCAACGGUUGGUGA